GCGACGACAGUGACGUCAGAGACUGCCGGCGAUAACGGAUAACGACAUCCUUGCCGUGGUGCCGCCGUGCAACUAAUUAGUCGGUAUUUUAAAGCCUGCAUCCUUUAUGUAGAGAUACAGCGACAGCAGAGUCUUUGCCAGAGUCAGGAAGUCCAAGAUCAACCUUUUGUUUUCUUCUUGUCCGUCUUUCUUUUGCGGCCGGCCCGUCCACCCGCUCUGAGGCUUCGCACCACACCCGUCUACCAGCGCUGUUUCUACCUACUUGUAUUUUCAGAUCCUCAAGAUGAUUGGAGACAAGGAUAUGAAACAACCUCACAAAGACUCAUUCGGCUGGGGACCCAUUGUUCCAAAAUUUCUAAAGGGGUGUAAGAGAUUGUCCUGUUUAGCAAUCUGCUUCAUCUUCUGCUCUUUCUUGAAUGGCAUCAACUUGGGUGCACUCAGCGUGGCAUUGACGACUCUCGAGAAGCGAUACGGUUUUUCCAGCAAAGUAACAGGUCUCGUGUCAGCGGCAGCGAACAUUGGCAGUGUCACCACCAUCAUCUUCUUGGCCCCACUCGGUUACCAAAGUCACAGGCCCCGGAUGUUGGCGUGUGGCGCCGUCGUGACCGCCGUGUCCUGUCUGCUUCGGAUCAUGCCUCAUCUUCUGGAUGGCCCCUACUGGUUGCCAGACACCAUCGAACGGAUGCGUAGCCAGCAUCCUCUGUGCCAGACAAGUGGAAACAGCACCAGUUGCUCCAAACUUCACUCCUCGGAUACUUUUGCGAACACGGCCCUGGUCUUCCUCCUGCUCGGUCAGCUUGCUGGUGGGGCGGGCUUUUCUCAAAUCAUCUCUUUUGCACCUGGGAUAUUUACUGAUCACCUGGCUGAUAAAAAAAGCGGGCACGCAUAUAUAGCUGCCAGCAAUGUGUUGGGCGCUGUAGGUAUCUCUGCUGGAUUUUUGUUUGGUUCGGUGUGCCUUACCAUCUUCGUUGAUAUACGCACAACCAUCUACAUAGAUUACAGUAAUCAAGAGUGGAUUGGAGCAUGGUGGCUGAUGUUCGCCUUCACAGGAACUUUCUUGCUUAUAUUUGCUAUAAUUCUCUUCGCUUUUCCAGCCAGAGUCUAUGAUGGGUUUGCACGGAAAAACCUGUUGGAUGAGGAAAGAGAUUCUCUUAAAGAUUCAGCUGGAAGUACUAGUUCUACUUCUUCUUCUACGCGGGUGCAGAAGCGAGGAGGAAAUUGUAAGAACUUUCUGAAAAAGAUUAAAACGUUCCCUGGAUCACUUGUGAAACUGGUGAAGAACCCGGCUUUCAACCUUUUCAACAUCUGCACCUGGUCGGAGCUGUUCUUCAUGUCAGGGCUCUGUGCCUUCGGACCAAAGGUCUUCGAAAAGGAUUUCGACAUCUCUUCCGCCGAUGCUGGACUGGUUAUGGGUACCAUCGUUGCUUCCGGAGCAGUGGGCGGCAUCCUGGGUGGCGGCUUUGUGAUAAGCAAGAUGAGUGCGAACCCUCGCGCUCUGGCCCGCACGUGCGCCAUCUGCUCGCUGGUGGCUGCCGCUUGCUUCCUGCGCCUACUUCUUCCGCUGCGACGAGACCAAGGUGGCGGGCAUCCACAUGUCUUACAAUCACACGUCCUUCCCAAGCGACAGCAAUGAGGGAAAAUCUCGGCUGAUUGAUGAAUGCAACGUUUGGUUGCGACUGUCAGAUCUCCACUUUCUCACCUGUCUGUGGCCCCGAUGGCGUCACGUAUUUCUCGGCCUGUCACGCUGGAUGUGACUUUGCGGGUAUUGACCGGGAUAGGCUGAUGCUGAACUUCACGAACUGUGCCUGCGUCAGAGCCAGAAAUCACAGCCCGAUGGUUGUCGACUCGGUGACGAAUAUAGAAGCUGAACCAGAUGUCGAAUUGGACCAGUCCCAAGACACAGAAUUCACGGUGACCGACGGGAAAUGUCUUCGAAACCGCUGCAACAGCUUCUAUCCAUUCUUCGUCCUCCUUCUCUUUGGUAUCUUCGUCCGGGCUGUCAUCAUCCCACCACUGACUGUUCUGAUCCUCAAAUGUGUUCCAGAUGACGAAAAAGUAUUUGCUCUGGGAGCAAACUUUCUUUCUUCUAAAGCCCUAGGUGCUGUUCCUGGGCCAAUAAUCCUGGGUGCCCUCAUCGAUAAAACCUGUCUAAUAUGGCAGGAAACAUGUGAAAAUACAGGUCACUGCUGGAUGUAUAAAAACACAGAUCUCAAUCUGCACUUGUGCUUUAUAUGGCUAGGUACAUCCAUUGUCUCCACUGUUACAUGCUUUUGUGCAAGCCUGCUUGUUCCAGGUGACCCAAGUUCACCCACAAGACAAGAGCAGCAGUCUAACACCAAUAUUACUAACAACAAAGAUAAUCAGAAAUCUAACACCCAUAUCUUUGACAACAAAGAUAAUAUGAAAUCUGAAAGCUCAGAUGAGAUAUACGAGCCUAUUUCAAACUGAGUUUUACAUCUUAAGACUGUUCGUGUUAGAGAGUUUUUAAAUUAUUGUGGAAUUAAAAUAUGACAAAGUAGACAGAGAAUGAAUAGUUAUUAAAAAAAAUUGUCAACAUCAAACAUCCAUGCUUCAGCUAUUUUACAAAAAAAUUAAGGGUCUUCACAGUAUCCAGAGCUGAUUUAGUUUUUCUCAUUUUCUCACACACUUACCACUGCUUAAAUCCUAGUUCAGAAAAUAAAGCUUUCAUUUGAUGAUAAUCUUUAAAUUUUAUCACAGACUGUAACGAGCCUGAAUUGGUCCUUGAGCAAUUGUAAAAAUGUAUUUCUGUCAGCUAAAAAAAAAUCAAUUAAAGUUUUAAGUACGA